AACGGCUGGCAAAAGAAGCCACGAGAAGCUCCUGGAAUAAGCCUCUGUUAACCCUCUUCACUUCCACUAUAAAAAUUCUACGUCCUUCCUAUUAUUCUCAGUCCAAUCAUAAUUCGAUAUCUGCGAUUUCCAAAACAAGCAAAUCUAGAGCUCUUUCUCUCUCACUUUCGCUCUCGGAGUCUUUUUGUGUACGUUUUUGGUGGUUUGUGAUUUUUCUGAAGGUGGUCGGGGAAUCAAUGGCGGACGUUAACAUGGGAGACGUGGAGACAUUCGCAUUCCAGGCAGAGAUCAAUCAGCUUCUCAGCCUCAUCAUCAAUACUUUCUACAGCAACAAGGAGAUCUUCCUUCGUGAGCUUAUCAGCAACUCCUCUGAUGCAUUGGAUAAGAUCAGGUUCGAGAGCUUGACAGAUAAGAGCAAGCUUGAGGCUCAGCCAGAGCUUUUCAUCAGGCUUGUUCCUGACAAGGCCAACAAGACCCUGUCUAUCAUUGACAGUGGAAUCGGCAUGACCAAAGCAGAUUUGGUGAACAAUUUGGGGACUAUUGCGAGGUCUGGAACCAAGGAGUUUAUGGAGGCAUUGCAGGCUGGGGCUGAUGUGAGCAUGAUUGGCCAGUUUGGUGUUGGGUUUUACUCUGCUUACUUGGUUGCUGAGAAGGUCAUUGUGACUACCAAGCACAAUGACGAUGAGCAAUACAUCUGGGAGUCUCAAGCUGGUGGAUCUUUCACCGUCACAAGGGAUGUCAAUGGAGAGCCAUUGGGCCGUGGAACGAAGAUCACCCUCUUCCUGAAGGAUGACCAGUUGGAGUACUUGGAGGAGAGGAGAUUGAAGGAUCUUGUAAAGAAGCACUCAGAGUUUAUCAGCUACCCCAUUUACCUCUGGACUGAGAAGACCACUGAGAAAGAAAUCAGUGACGAUGAAGAUGAGGAAACCAAGAAAGAGGAGGAGGGUGAUGUUGAGGAAGUUGAUGAGGAGAAGAAGGACAAGUCUAAGAAGAAGAAGGUUAAGGAGGUGACCCAUGAGUGGCAACUCAUCAACAAACAGAAACCAAUUUGGCUGAGAAAGCCUGAAGAGAUCACAAAGGAGGAGUAUGCAUCCUUCUACAAGAGCCUAACCAAUGACUGGGAGGAUCAUCUUGCUGUUAAGCACUUCUCUGUUGAAGGGCAGCUGGAAUUCAAAGCCAUUCUGUUUGUUCCCAAGAGAGCCCCAUUCGAUUUGUUUGAUACCAGGAAGAAGAUGAACAACAUUAAGCUCUAUGUGCGCAGAGUGUUUAUCAUGGACAAUUGUGAAGAGCUCAUUCCUGAGUAUCUUGGAUUCGUUAAGGGUGUUGUGGAUUCUGAUGACCUCCCACUCAACAUCUCUCGUGAAACGCUGCAGCAGAACAAGAUUCUCAAGGUGAUCAGGAAGAAUCUGGUCAAGAAGUGCAUUGAGAUGUUCAAUGAGAUUGCUGAGAACAAAGACGAUUAUGCCAAGUUCUACGAAGCUUUCGCAAAGAAUAUUAAGUUGGGUAUUCAUGAAGACAGCCAGAACAGGGCUAAAUUGGCAGACCUUCUCAGGUACCACUCGACCAAGAGCGGCGAUGAGAUGACCAGCUUGAAAGACUAUGUUACAAGGAUGAAGGAGGGCCAGAAGGACAUCUACUACAUAACCGGAGAGAGCAAGAAGGCUGUCGAGAAUUCACCAUUCUUGGAAAGGCUUAAGAAGAAAGGCUACGAAGUGCUCUUCCUGGUUGAUGCCAUUGAUGAAUACGCAGUUGGGCAAUUGAAGGAAUACGAUGGGAAGAAGCUAGUGUCUGCAACCAAGGAAGGGCUUAAGCUUGAUGAUGAAACAGAGGAAGAGAAGAAGAAAAAGGAGGAAAAGAAGAAGUCAUUUGAGAACUUAUGCAAGACGAUAAAAGACAUUCUUGGAGAUAGGGUGGAGAAGGUGGUGAUAUCGGAAAGAAUUGUGGAUUCGCCAUGUUGCUUGGUCACGGGGGAGUACGGAUGGACCGCCAACAUGGAAAGGAUUAUGAAAGCUCAGGCGUUGAGAGACAACAGCAUGAGCUCUUAUAUGUCCAGCAAGAAGACGAUGGAGAUUAACCCUGACAACGGAAUCAUGGAGGAGCUCAGGAAGAGAGCUGAAGUCGACAAAAACGAUAAGUCAGUGAAGGACCUGGUGCUUCUGCUCUUCGAGACUGCCUUGCUGACUUCUGGUUUCAGCCUCGAUGAUCCUAACACAUUUGCCUCGAGGAUUCACAGGAUGCUGAAAUUGGGCCUGAGCAUUGAUGAGGAUGAGACUGGAGGUGAUGAUGCUGAUAUGCCACCACUGGAGGAGGAUGGAAACGAAGAGAGCAAGAUGGAGGAAGUGGAUUAAAAUGGGAAUGGCUAUACAAAAGCAAAAACUGUGCCAACAGGUUGCUAUGAGUCUGCUGUGAAUGGUUCUGUUUUUGAGUCAUUGUUAGUGGGUCCGUGUUGCCUGUUUCUUUCGUGGUGUCAGUAUGUUUUUGUUUUAGCUGUUGGUCCGUGUAAUUUUGAUGGUUGUCUAGUUUUUCCUUCGAUGUUUUACAACACAAGAGUUGAAAAACAGUGUAUAUCUUUUAUGGUUCUAUGAAGAAAAUUAUUAUAUCCUUUUUAUUUUCCAA